GCUGAAUCAGAUGAAGAGAAGGAAGCCAAACGUAAAGAAGACGAAGAAAGAAUGAAGAGACUAAAGGAAGAGGAAGACCGUAAAGAGGAAUGGAAGAAAGAACGGGAAAGAUUGGAGGCUGAAAUGGGUGCUCGUUUGGACAAACGUAUGGCCAGUGUUUGUCCCAAGUUGAAAGGGAAGGAGGAUGAAGAAAAUAAACUUAAGGAUGAGAUGGAAUCGUUGCACAAGGAGAAUGAGAAGCUAAGGAAGUUGCUGUUGAAAGGGGAGAGUGAGGUAGAGGAUGACACUGUAACUAAGCUGCAGAGAGAGAUUGCUGAACUGAGGAGACAGGUUGCUACGAAGAAGGUAGCGGAUGAUGAUAUUUUCGCUAUGAAGCAGGAGAUUGAGCAGUUGAGGGUUUCGGCUUUGUCGAAGGGCAGUUUUGGGAUGGAGCUCGAAAGCUUACGAACGGAAGUUGGUCGUCUGAAGGUUCAGGGUGUUAAAGACAAGAAGAAGGCGGAAUUGUGGACAGGCGAGGCACUCCGUCCUGGCAACAAGAGAGGAAACAUCGCUAUUGGAACUCCUGAGUGCUCCGCCCGGUGCUCACCACGGCCUCGCUGGACGGAUAACCUUCGGGACUCCGACAAAUGGCGGCAAGAAUACUUGAAGAUGAAGGAGAUGCACCGAGCAGCUUCUUUUGAGGCUGAGGUUCUAAAGGAUAAGCGGGCGGCUGCUGAGGGCGAAGUCUUUAAGCUGAAAGAGCAGCUUAGCAAGAAGGCGACCCCUCAAAGGUUUGCGGUCGAUGGUGCUGAGCCUGCUGGUGACGUCAACGAAAGGUUCUUGUUCAUUGAGGAACAGAAGAAAGAUCUGCGCAAUUAUAAGAAAUCAGGCUUGGAAACGAUGUGUCAAGAGGCUGGUCUGAAGCUGCGCUCCAUCGAUCUGAUGAUUGCCGAUCUUGCCGAGUUCAGGGCAGAUAAGGCAUUGGGGACGCAAAGUGAUAAGGGGAAGGCGAAGGAGGAUGAGGUUUUGGUACAUGAGGCACCGAGUUGGAUCAGGAAUAACCGAAACAUACAUGCUCUGGGACAUUGUAAUUUGGUUAAACGUUUCAAAGAUGAGGUCAAGAUGUGCAUGGACCAAGUGGGGUUUUCUGUUCCGGCGGUAGGGAAUAGAGACAUUACGGGGUGUUUCAGUUUGAAUGGACGGGGAGAAGAUCCGUGUGGUGCCUUCUCCUGCCCAAUAGAGGAAGUGUUGAAGUGGCGUGAUAGAGUUAAGGGGCUAGUGUGUUCUCCGGUGGAUCAUAAUCCAGGAGAUACCCUGGUUUGCUGCCCGCUGUUAUAUCGAAAAGGGUUGGAUAAGCUCUUUUUGGAGAAUACAGGGUUUGAGGAGGUCCGUGACGAUGAGACUUCCCUGUUGCAGAGGAUGAAAGUUGAGUACAAGGAACAAGGUUUGAACUCGUUCGCAAAAUGGGAUAAGAAUGGGAGGUUGGGACAAGCAUACGCCACACCGAAACAUAAGGAUAUUGCGAAAUGGAGGCCGAUAUGCCCUUCCUUUGCAGAGUGUAAUGUACGGGGGUCACGGAUCAUCUCUAGGGUGGUCAAUGAGUUGGUAUGGGCUCUACCUAAGAGAUCUCAUUUCAAUUUGAAGAGUACUGACCUACUUGUGCGGCAGGUGAAGUCAGUCAAUGCCGACGUUGGUAAGAACAAGGUGUUGCUGACUGCGGCAUAUGAUGUCAAGGAGAUGUUCUGCAACCUCCCACAUGAUUCUAUUAUCAAAGCGCUUACUUGGCUGAUUGACUUCUGGAUGCGGAAUGGAGUGAAUGAAAUGUUGGUUAAAAAACGGGGGAAAGGGGCUAAACUGAUGAGAGGAAAGAAGCCUGAUGGAUGGUGCACUGUCGAGUUUAACGAAGUGCUGGACUUUGUAAAAUUUGAUUUGCGCAAUACCUUCACCACUGUGGGAGGGAAGAUUCUGCGUCAGAGAAUAGGUAUACCGAUGGGCAAACCUUCGAGCCCAUCGAUUGCAUGUAUGCUAUGCGCUCACUCGGAGUUCGUCUUUUUGCUCUCGUUAGGAACGGACAGAUCCUUAGUUCAUGGGAUUUGCCUUAUCGAUGAUGUAUCUGUUUUCGUCAAAUUUAGAAAGGGGAUAUUGAAGGAGAAAAGAAGGCGUGGAAGAUUCUCGGGAGAUUCGAGGAAUCUUAUGAUCACAAUUAGUCCUUGGAAUGUAUGAGUCGCUCGGACUGCUGGGAAUUUUUCGGUUGUGUGAUGAAGGAUUUCGGAUAGCCGGCAGGAAUUCGGUGCGCUGUCAUGAAUAAGAACUAGAGAUUGAAGAUGGGCAGAAUCCUGUUUCAGAAUUUACAGGACGCUGCGUCGUAUUCCAGUAGACGACAAAAAUUGGCGGGGAUCACCUCCCUUUUGCAUCGGGCUAAGCGAUUUACCAGUAUGCCUGGUGCUUAAGGAGUUUUUCUUUUUGCCCUGAAGGUCGAGCUUAGACUGAGAGGGUGAUCUGAUGACUUUUUUGAUAACGCUUUGAGAAGUUUUUCAAUGAAAUUUGGAGGUUUAUGGCUUAAUUGGGUUCGGUUGUUGACAGGUUGGAACAAAAAUCCUGGACGGCG